AAUGCUUCUAGCUGGGCAGCAGGGAAAAAGAGGAGGACAGAGGCCUAUGCAGACUGAGCGUGUCGGGCACAUGGACAGAUCUCAGAGGCUGCAGGAGCUGGACAAAGGAUGAAGAUGAGUCGCCAUAAGCUCUUUCUGACUCUCUGCAUGGCUGGUCUCUGCCUCAUCUCCUUCUUGCACUUCCUCAAGGCCCUUUCCUAUGUCACCUUCCCCCGGGAACUGGCUUCGCUUAGUCCCAACCUUGUCUCCAGCUUCUUCUGGAACAAUGCCCCUGUCACACCUCAGGUCAGCCCUGAGCCAGGGGGCGCAGAGUUGCUCCGCACACCCCUGUACUCGCACUCCCCGUUGCUCCAGCCCCUGCCACCCAGCAGAGCCAGCGAAGAGCUGCACAAAGCCAAGUUUGUGCUGCCAGAAGACACAACAGAGUAUUUCGUCCGUACCAAAGCUGGUGGCAUUUGCUUUAAACCAGGCACCAAGGUGCUGGAGAAGCCACCCGUGGGAGGGCGGCUGGAGGAGCGAGUGGAUGGUGCGGCAUCGGGGCGGCCAGCUCGCAAGCCGCUGAGCGCCACUGGGACCAAGCGGCGCAAGUGGGUAGAGUGUGUGUGCCUGCCUGGCUGGCAUGGCCCCAGCUGCGGGGUCCCCACCGUGGUUCAGUACUCUAACCUGCCCACCAAGGACCGCCUUGUGCCACGGGAGGUCCCCCGGCGCGUCAUCAAUGCUAUCAAUGUCAACCAUGAGUUUGACCUGCUGGAUGUCCGCUUCCAUGAGCUGGGAGAUGUGGUGGAUGCCUUUGUGGUGUGCGAGUCGAACUUCACAGCCUAUGGAGAGCCGCGACCCCUCAAGUUCCGUGAGAUGCUCCUCAACGGCUCCUUUGACUACAUCCGCCACAAAGUGCUCUACGUCUUCCUGGACCACUUCCCACCUGGAGGCCGCCAGGAUGGCUGGAUUGCCGAUGAUUACCUGCGCACCUUUCUCACCCGGGACGGCAUCUCGCGCCUCCACAACCUGCGCCCGGAUGAUGUCUUCAUCAUCGAUGAUGCUGAUGAGAUCCCAGCCCGUGAUGGCGUGCUCUUCCUCAAGCUCUAUGACGGCUGGACAGAGCCCUUUGCCUUUCACAUGCGCAAGUCACUCUACGGCUUCUUCUGGAAGCAACCAGGUACCUUGGAGGUGGUCUCAGGCUGCACCAUGGGGAUGCUCCAGGCUGUCUAUGCUAACGACGGGAUCCGUCUGCGGCGCCGCGAGUACUACACCAUGCCUGGCUUUCGGCAGUACGAGAACAGCACAGGACACAUCCUGGUGCAGUGGUCACUGGGCAGCCCUCUCCACUUUGCUGGCUGGCACUGCUCCUGGUGUUUCACCCCAGAGGGGAUCUACUUCAAACUGGUGUCGGCCCAGAAUGGGGACUUCCCCCGCUGGGGUGACUACGAGGAUAAACGAGACCUCAAUUAUAUCCGGGAGCUGAUCCGAACUGGUGGCUGGUUUGAUGGUACUACACAGGAGUAUCCUCCUGCUGAUCCCAAGGAGCAGAUGUAUGCUCCCAAGUACCUGCUCAAGAACUACCAGCGGUUCCGCUACUUGUUGGAGAACCCCUACCGAAAAGUGGAGGGUGCUGGGUGAGAGCACUGGGGCUCGUGUGGGAAAUCAGAACUUCACAACAAAGGGAAAGAGUCGGGUGUUUUAAUCUGUUCCUUUCUUUGUUUUCUUUGGUUCUGGGUGGGAAGUGCCAUUUCUCUGGGGUCUCUGCCCUCCCGCCCUUCCUUCUCUUAUUUCCUUCAUCCCAGAAUGAUUCCUGGGGACACUCUUAUAUGAAGGGAGGCAUGGGCAGGUGGAGGAGAGAUGGUGGGGACCUACUCUGGCGGUAGGAUAAAGGCUUGCAUCUCCUGAACUUCUCCUGCUGAUUGGAGAGACUCUCGGCAGCCAGCUGGUGGGUUUUCCUCAGUGGGAAGCUGGGAGGGUCCCAUGGGGAGAGAGGGCAGCUGCUCCUGUCCACCCUUGUCCUUUGUGGAUUGGAGCAAGCACAGAUGCAAGAUUGAGCUAUUCAGUGAGCAUGUGAGUCAGCAGGCACAAACCAAUGCGAGUGGUCACGUGUGCAGAUGUGUGUCACAGGCAUUUUUUGGAUGAGUGAAUGUGCAAAAGCAUCUCAGUAUGCAUUUAUUUUUUGUAUACCUCCGUGUUCAAAGAGUAUUUUGGAGAAGAGAAAUCCUUUGCUUCCAAGGUGUUCUCCCGAAGAUGCAGCCUCUUUCCACAGGCUCAAUGCAUCUGUCCUGGGCUCUGUCUUGCCCUGAUGCUCAACCAGUCCUGGAGCAGGCACACAGGAAGCAGAGGGAAAAGAUUAUUUUAUUUUUUUUUUAUUAUUAUUAUUUUCUUUUACUCCUUUUUCACCCCUGCCCCAACAACACUGCACUGGCUUGGCCACAGGCACUGAAGCAUCUUCCCUGCAGUACAUGCGUGUACUGGGGCUGGGACAAGCUGCAGGGGAAAUGAAUCAGACAGUGGGAGUGUAUGUUUACAAGUGCAUGGUUUCAUAUGUGCAUGAGUGCUAACAUGCAUGGUUUUGGUAUGCAUGUGGGCAUUCGUUACCAGUACUGAAAGGGAAGGGGACAGAGUUGGGCUUGGGUAUGUGUGCUUUUAGAAAAUGGGGGGAUCUAGAAGCUGCAAUCUUCAUCUUGGCAUGGAUGACUUUUUGGGGAAUUCAGAGCAGUGCUAAAACACAUGGCACUGUUGUGUGCCUCUUUGGCUGCCUCUGCAGUCUUGUGGGCUGUGCCUGCUGCAGGAUUGGUGCUUGCAUGUGUUGGCUGUUCCUUCUUGCUGUGGGGUAAAAGGGAGAGGAGAAGGGCAAAGCUCUGAGUCAGCAAUGGGUGCUGUGGGGAAAGACAGAGCCUGCCAAGGCACAGGAUCCAUCUGUCUGCUGUUCAGGUAUGAGGGAGCUCAUGGAGCUCUGGGCAGACCCACCCUAGGCCAAGAGACUCUUGGGACCACGAUGCUAUCCAGAGAGUGUGUGCAGCCUGGGCCAUGCAGACAAGACCAUACAGAGGAACAGGGAUAUCUAUCUAGUGUUUGACAGUGAUGGGUACAGUCAGUAUCUGGCCUGUCAUCAUAUUGAAUUGAUUCAGCUCAUUGAGGAGGCAGAUCUAUGUCUCCACCUUUACCACUCUUCCCACCCUUCCCUAACAGUUGGCUUGACAGGGUGCCCAGUGCCUGGGCUGUAGCAGGCAGAGGGUGACAAACAUGAUGAACUUGCCCUAUUAGCUUUGCAGUGGAAAGACUAGCUCAUGUUCCAAGCAGAGAAGUGAGGAUCAUAGGAGGAGAAGGAGGAGGAAAAUGUUGGCAUAAGGAGGAGUGACCCUGAAAUCAGGCCAGCUGUGCUGAAGCAGGAGGGUUUCCAUUGCCAUUAACUCACCCCAUCAGGGCUCCACAUUCCUGUGUUGUCCAGCCCAUUCCCACCCUUGUGCCUAAUUCUUUGUAUCGCUCUCUUUUUCCUUCCUAUUACCAUCUUUAGAGCAGUGAAAAGCAUCUAUAAAAAUAACUUGAUUGCCAAAUAAGACCGAGACUGGAGCAGGAUGAAGACGAACAUCUUUUUCUGAUCAAACUGAGAUGAAGUGUAUCUUAGCUCCUUCCACAUCUCAUGUGCUAUAGUGCCUGCUUAGGUGAAAAAGAUCCUCUUUCUGUUGUUGUUCAUGCUGGGUCUUUCCCACAGACAGGAAAGCUUCUUUGGGAACUGAGUGGAGAGCAGCUUUGGAAGGCAGAAUGCUGUUUCCCGAAAGGGAAGCUGUGGCUCUUCUAAGUCCAGAUUUGUUGAUGCAGCAGGAGGGAGUCUUUCAGAAUCAUAGGGUCCUUGUGCCAAGCAGCUGUGUGGAGGUGUUUAGUGUAGAGUGAUGAUAGAGAAAUGGGGACCGAGCUGGCAAAGGAGGAGCCUACAUUGAACAAGAUGAGAGCAGCAGCACUGAGGCUGCAGCACAAGGGGAAUGUGCUGAGGAGGGGGGCAGCCAGAGGAGAGCAGGUGUGUGUUAGCUCUCGGGAUUCAGUAGCAGAAAAGUAUGGAAGGAAGGAGCUAUUUCUCAUUUUCACUCUUGCAAAAGAGCCUGAGGUCUACUCUCAGACCUUUGGCUUUGCUUUAAGUGACAACAGCACAAACCCAAUGGCAGGCCUUGCUGACAACAAAAGACAAGGCAGUACAUGGGUGUUUUGGCAGCACCAGAGCCCCAUGAAGCAGGGGCUAAAGUGCAUGUGUGCUGGGGCUGUACCUUGUUUUCUUCUAUAGUGGGAGCAGCCUCUCCUCUGAUACCAGCCCUUCCCAUUAAUAGGUGUCCUUGUGGAUUUUUACUGCACUGCACAUUACUGUUUUGCUGCUGAGGUAUCUUGGGAGUUCCAGAUUAGCCCAUGCCUGCAAUAUCUGCAUCUCCUGUUCUUGAACUAUAGCCUGUUGCCUUCUCUCACCUCUCUUCCAUUAUUUGCUCCAUCUUUUCCUCUGAAUUGCUUCUCCCUUCUGCCCCCUUGGCAGAAGGUCCUGCUGGAAUAGCAGUGCUGGGGCUCUUCUGCAGGACUCUGGCCCUGUGCUCCUCCUGAACUUACUCUCCUCCUUAUUCUUAGGAAAUGAAAUAUAAAACAGACUUCUGUUGUGGUGGGAGGAAGGGGCUUUACAGAUGAAAUGCAUUCUUUUUUGUUUCUCAACAGUCAUUUAAGCACUUUUUGAUUUAAGGCCAAACCAGUCAAUGUUUCUAUCUAUUUAUCUGGCUAAUCCUGUGUUUAUUAUCCUUAGGGAACUAGAGUGCUUGUCAUUAAAAUCUGCCCUCUUGUCCCUGGAGGCGACGGGUACUAGCAAGCUGACUUUUGCACAGUCAUUUUCCAACGUGGUGGUUUGUCCUCUGUCCAGCCCUGCCUUGUACUGCUGUGCUGGCACAUCCGUAACCAGUGCUCAGGGGGUCAGCCGCCCUCCCAGACAACCUCCACAAGAGAGAACCCUUGUGGGGUGGUGAGAGCAGCAAAGAAGGCAGGUUUGUAUUGGAUUCUCAUUUCCUGGUCCUGAAUUCUGAGGUGAGCAUUGAGGCUCCUUGAUUUUGCCUGAACGAGGUUCUCAGGUUUGAGAAAGGAAGGACUAGAAAACUCCAUCCUGCCCAUGCGCUGGAACUGAGAUCAGACCACCCUGUUGCAGCCAUGUGCAGCAGAGCCGCGCGCCCACUGUCCCUUUGGCAGCAAAGCUGGCAUGUGGAGGGAGGAAAAGCAUCACCAGCCUUUCCUUGCAGCACUCUUCUGCCUCUGUGAUUUUCUUCCCCAAAACCUUUCCACCUUCAAAUUGACUGGUGUAAAGAAGGGCCAGGUAGUAGAUGAAGCAGUGUGUGACACCCCCAAACCUUGCUCUUUCUUUCUGCCCAUCUCUGUUGUUGCCUUUCUUUAUGCUUCCCACCUAAAAAAGGGAUUGUGUGCCUAUGCAUGGCUUUGGACCAGGGAAGUCAUCUUCCUCUUUUGCCUGCAGUGAAGGAGAGGACAUGGGCUUUGAUGGACCUGCAGCAAAUGAGCUUGCUAAAGCAGAGGGUACAGGGCAGGUUGGCUGUCUUUGCCCCUUUGAAGGGCUAGGGUAAUACCAUAACCAAGUGACAGACAGAAAAGAUGGAAUGUUUUUGUGCCUGUGUGGUUGCUGUGAAGGAAAACACACUCAUGUCCACUCUUGCUGUUGCUUUCUCUGAUCCCUGUGUCCUCCUGAGGUGUUUGCUGUCAUGCAGCUCAGGGCAACCUGCUCUUAUGUCUCUGACAGGUAAACAAGGGUACCUUGUGGCUUCUGGGUAUUGUACAAGUUGGGGUGGAGGGAGAGAGAGCAGUACGCAUAUCUGUUCCCCUCUGUGCUCCUUGGUGUGUCCUUGUGGGAUGGUAGUGUCUUUUCCCCUCCUGAAUAUCCCCCAGGCUCUGUCCCUGUCUCCCAGCUCCUGCCAGCAAUCUCUGUGGCUGCUAUGCCUCUGCACUGUGAAGAUAUCUGUCCAGGGUCACUCCUGGUCCUAUUAGCGAACACUGGUGGUGAAGAGGGAAGGGAUGGCUCAUCCUGGCUUCACUGACCUCAAACCAUGGCAAGAAAGAAGGGAAGUGAAUGGGAAAAUGGAUCCUGAAUCCCUCCAUUACUGUGUUCCCUCCACCCCUCCCAAAAAAUCAUCACUCUGAUUUCUAAGACGUUGGAAAAACUCGCUCUUAUUAUGGAAAGAGAGGGGGAGCUGGAGGUAAGGGGGUGGCAGGAGGGGCUCAGAUCCAGCACCAAGAAAGGAGAGCUGUUUCUAAUGCAAUACACUGACAUUUAAAGCUUUGGGGACUACAGAUAAUGGAUUAAGAAGGGAUGUGAAAUACUCUGAGACUGAAAAUCCAAACCACUGUUUUUUUCUUCCUGUGUGGAUGAUGAUGAAAUUUCAUCCCGGAGGUAGUCCAGCAGCACUUCUGAGCCUGUGGUCCACCUGGACCUACUGGUGGUGUUGCCCCUGGGGUGGCUCCAGAACACCCUGCUUUGGCAAAGAAUGCGUGGACUUGCCAAAAAUAAAAUCAAAUGAAAAAUAAGAGCAUCUGCAAAGCUCCUUUCCACUCUGUAAUUUAUAAACAGCAAGUAAUAAUGGACUUUUUGUAAGGAUAAAUCAAAUGUACAUUCUGAAAUCAUUUUCUCUGUAAAUGGUUGGACUUCAUUUCACCCUUAAAGGGAUGCUUAAAAGGAGGAGAUAAUAAUAAAAAAUAAAAACUUUACAAAGUACAAAAGGAAA